CUGUACGUCUGUCCAGACUUUGCGCGUGCCAAUGAAGUACACCUGCGGCUUGGGCUUAUGCUCAAGGUGAAUGGAGAUUAUGAGCAAUCGCUAAAGCACCUGCAACUAGCGCUGAACGAUUCGUCCACGUGCACCUUAGCGCAGCUUGAGAUACGCUUCCACAUUGCCCAUCUGUAUGAGGUGCAGAACAAGUACAAGUCAGCGAAGGAGGCAUACGAGCGGCUACUGGCAAACAAGCAGCUGACGGCGUCACUGAAGGCCGACAUCUACCGGCAGCUGGGAUGGAUGUACCACACUGUUGAUCUGCCCGGCGACAAGGUACAACGGGAGCGGUUCGCUAUCCACUGUCUGCAGAAGUCGAUCGAGGCGGAACCACGUUCGGGUCAGACACUCUACCUGCUCGGUCGCUGCUUUGCCGGCAUCAACAAAGUGCACGACGCGUUCAUCGCCUACCGGAAUUCGGUGGAGAAAAGCGAAGGAAACGCUGACACAUGGUGCUCUAUAGGAGUACUCUACCAGCAGCAGAACCAGCCUAUGGAUGCACUGCAGGCCUACAUAUGUGCCGUGCAGUUAGAUAAAUCACACUCAGCCGCCUGGACCAAUUUGGGCAUACUGUACGAAAGCUGCAAUCAACCGCGGGACGCGUACGCCUGCUUUCGGAACGCCACUAUCAACCAGGACCAACAGAAGGACCGCACUGUGAGUGCUGGUGAGAAGUCCACGACGGUACCGGCCACCACUGCCAGUGGUUCUACGAAAGCAAACGCAUCUGCAGGCCAAAGCGGAACAACCGGAUCUGGCGGAACUUCAGCAACAUCAGUAAACGCUGUAACAGCUGGUGGUGCAUCGGAAACCAGUGGCACCCCGCCGACGGGAGUACCGAACUCAUUGUUAACGGUGUUGGGUGAUUUAAGCAAUAACAGCAACGGUGGCAACAACAGGUCACAAAACCUUACCCAGCGUAUCAAAUUCCUGCAGCAACAUCUUGGCAACGCUCCUAUGCCGAGCAUAACGUCCAAACGGCGGCAGUUACCUUCAAUUGAGGAGGCCUGGAAUCUGCCCAUUUCCAAUGAGAUGAGUUCGCGACAGCAACAGACAGCCCAGGCACAGCAACGCCAAUUUCAGAAAGGAUACGGACAGGGCGCCCAGUACCAUCCGGGACAGCAGCAGGUCGGGAGCAACAAUGGUCUUCCGAACAAGCGCUUCAAGCAGGAAGAUGGAAGACCCGGUGCGGCCGCUGGUGUGGGACCGGUGGCGGGUCAACCGGUACCUCCGUUCUAUCUAAACCAGCAACAACUGUUGCAGCUGCAAUACCUGCAGAACCAGAGCAAUCUGACCACACAGCAGCAGGCAAUGCUGCAAACGCUGACCAACCAGUACCGGUUGAUGCAACAACACCAGCUGCGUCUUCAGCAGCAGCAAAGGAACCAACAGCUUCAGCAACAGCAGCAGCCUUCGUUUCAGGGACAAGGACAACCUCAAGCGGGCGGCGGUUUUGUGGUGGCAGCAGGAAAUAAAACACCCCAAUCGGGUAUUGUACCGCAGACGGCUACCGGGUUCGUGAACGAUGGCCACUUUUCGCCUGCUACUGGACAAUCCCAACAGACGGCUGGUAUGCCGUACAAAUCAGCGGGUGGCACGUAUGCACCGUCCGGUUUCCCCGUCCCUCCGAGCAGUCAGCCAUCAUCGGGAGGUUUUACGCAAAUCACGUCCACCUCGAAUCAACAGUCCGAUAUAGACAUUCAAGCUAUUCUGGAUGACAAAGCAACAUUUGCUGAGUCCUUGCUCAAACAGCUUAGCUCGUCAGACAGCAAGGAUUCGUCUGUCCCGUCGGAAGUCACCAACACUACGACUACGAUGGCACCGAACAGCAGUACGAAGUCCCCACCGAUAAAAGCGGAAGCGACCUCGACGACAACGGUACCCGGUGGUGCCGCUAGCGUCAAACGCCAGCUACUCAAUGCCAAGCAGCAGGACAUCAAAUUGGAACCAGUCGUAAAGAUCGAGAAACUUCCCUCGCCCUCAUCGAUCACGGACGCGUGUUCUGGCACGGUUGGGGGUGAUUUUAAGAUCUCGAUGACGGCGAAAGAUAUUCAGCAGAUGGUACGAAGGCAACGCAAUGCUGGCGAGCUGAAAGAUGUACCGGCCGUGUGUUCUGUACUAACAGUGGAGGCACCACCACCCAGCCCACCCGACUGUCCGUCGACGCGGUUAACGCGCGAACAGUUGCAACCCCCCACACCGUCCGUGUUUCUCGAGAACAAGAAAGACGCCUUUAGCCCACAGCUGCAGGAGUUCUGUCUCAAGCACCCGAUUGCCGUGGUAAGGCAGCUGGGCGCAGCUCUCAAGCUUGAUCUCGGGUUGUUCUCGACCAAGACGCUUGUGGAGGCAAAUCCUGAUCACACGGUCGAGGUACGGACACAGGUACACCAGUCGCCGGAUGAGAACUGGGACGGCAACAAGAACUCGAAGGUUUGGGCCUGUAUCUCACAUCGAUCACACACAACCAUUGCGAAGUACGCGCAGUAUCAGGCGUCUAGCUUUUCUGAUAAGAUAAAGGAGGAGCGUGAUAAAAUUGCUGGAAUCUCGACCGCAUCCACUAACUCCGAUUCCGAUUCGAAGGACUCCAUAUCGAACAGCAGUGCGUGCGGUACGGCCGGUACCGGUGUUGGCGGUGGCAAUAGCUCAGCAGCCGGCAAUGGCAAACGGAAGAAGUGUAAAAAUGGCAACAAGAUGUUACGCUUCGGCACGAACGUCGAUCUGUCCGAUGAGCGCAAAUGGAAGGCUCAGCUGCAGGAGCUGCAAAAGUUGCCACCGUUUGCACGUGUCGUAUCGGCCGCGAAUAUGCUGUCGCACGUCGGUCACAUGAUACUGGGAAUGAAUACGGUGCAGCUGUACAUGAAGGUGCCGGGUAGCCGGACGCCGGGCCACCAGGAGAACAACAAUUUCUGCUCGAUCAACAUUAACAUCGGGCCGGGUGAUUGCGAAUGGUUUGCGACGCCCGAUUCGUACUGGGGCGGCAUACAGGCGCUGUGCGAGAAGAACAACAUCAACUAUCUGCACGGUUCGUGGUGGCCAGCACUGGAGGAUCUGUACGCGGCGAACAUCCCCGUGUACCGGUUCACCCAGCGGCCGGGCGAUUUGGUGUGGGUUAAUGCUGGCUGCGUCCAUUGGGUACAGGCCAUCGGAUGGUGUAAUAAUAUUGCCUGGAACGUGGGUCCACUGACGGCGCGACAGUACCAGCUGGCCGUCGAGCGGUAUGAGUGGAACAAGCUGGAAAGUUACAAGAGCAUCGUACCGAUGGUUCACCUUAGCUGGAAUCUCGCCCGCAACAUCAAGGUGUCUGACCCGAAGAUGUUCGAAUCGAUUAAGACCUGCCUCAUGCAAACGAUGAAACACUGUAUGCAAGUGUUGGAGUACGUAAAAUCACUUAACAUAGAAGUUCGGUUUCAUGGUCGCGGUAAAAAUGAAGCGUCCCACUACUGCGGGCAAUGUGAGGUGGAAGUGUUCAAUGUGCUGUUCAUUCGCGAACAGGAAAAGCGUCACAUCGUACACUGUAUGGGUUGUGCGCGUAAACAAUCGCCCGGUCUGCAGGGUUUCGUGUGUCUCGAAGAGUACACGCUGGACGAGCUGAUGCAGGUGUACGAUGCGUUUGUGAUGCACAGUCCACCGCCACCACCGCCGAUUGCAUCCGCCGUGCCAUCGCAGUCUCCGCAACACCAGCAACAGCAGCCGGCUUCAUCGCCGGCAGGUAAUAGUGGUUCGCAAAUAAAUGUAAGCUCCUCUACUGCCACUUCUACUGCCACCGCCGCGUCGUGUUCAUCGUCGUCGUCCGCUUCCGCAAUGGGUGGAGCGGCCGGCGGCACCAGCGCUGGUGGAUCGGUACCGGUGUCUUCGGUAGCUUCGUAA